AUGCCUGAGCCUUUCUUAUGGUACCGUGACAAGCAUUCGCUCAAGAUCGGCGAGGUCAACAGAUACACGGUGCGAUAUACGCGACUCGACUCGUCCAAGAACGAAAUCUACCUUCGCUUGAAGAACAUCGAAAAGACCUCCAUCAGAGCCAUCCAUUUGCUCAAUGGACCCUUCAUCCUCUACUGCCAUGUCGUACCAUACCGCUACGACUACCAUGCCAAGUUCGACCCAGAAGACAUUGCUGUCAACAAGGAGGUGGUGUUUGAGAACCAAAUCAAGCCUGGGCAGACUUUCAAUGUCCGGCUCCGCAUGAACCGGAACUCGUACGUGGAGUCUGUCGACAGCCACGACGUGUUUCAGUGGGAGAUUGAUGUGGUGUCCCAGAUUGUGAUCACCAGAAAUACCUCCAUCUUGUACGACUUGAUGAUCGGCGACGACUUCUCCCAGAUGAAAAAGUUGAACCACGGGUCCAUCCAGACCUCGUUCUCGUCCAUCGGCAACAUCAUUGGCAACAACACCAGCGCUGGCGCUGACGUCCAGCUCGGGAGGAGCUUGAACCCCCAGUUGGAGGUGGUGAAGAAGGACACCAAGCAGAUCUGGAACACGGCACCACCAGACGCUUCCAAGCCGGUGCAUCUCGUCAUCAUCACCCAUGGAGUUUUCUCCAACUUGACUGCCGAUAUGCUCUACAUCAAGGACACGUUGGAACGGGUGCUGAAGGACAACAUCUUGAUCAGAGGAUACAGAAACAACGCAGGGCGUACCGAGAAGGGAGUCAAGAGGUUGGGAACGGCGUUGGGCGACUAUUUGGCGGCGUUGAUCGACCAGCUUCUCCAAUCGGGCAUGACCAUCGACAAGAUCUCGUUUGUAGGACACUCGUUGGGAGGCAUUGUGCAGUUGUACGCUAUCAAGUACUUACUCAUCACCAAAGGGUCCGACUACUUCCAGAAUUUGAACAUCCAGCCCUACAACUUGGUGCUCAUGGCCAGUCCGCUUUUGGGGAUUUUGAGCGAGAUGAGCUUCUUGAUCUCGUGGUUUUUGGACUUGGGCACCCUCGGCAAGACCGGUAGGGACUUGACGUUGUCCAAGCCCAUGCCAAACUUGAAGGACUUGAAGAAAAACCACAACCAUAACCACCAGUACGGCGACGAGGCCGCCAUCAAGAAAUCCAGUGCCUUCAAGCCGGUGUUGGAGGUGUUACCUGACGACCCGUUGCAGUCGUUCUUGCAACAGUUCAAGCACUUGACGUUGUAUGCCAACGCCAUCAACGACGGCAUUGCGCCAUUGAGGACAACUUCGUUGUUGUACCUCGACUGGAAGGCCUUGGGCGACGUGACGGAGUUGAGGAAGGGCAAACAAGCUAAGCUGAGUACGAUAGGCGAAGAGGACCACCACCUGAUUCAAAGUAAUACCACGAGCGAUAGCGUGGGCGAGGUCCCUGAUGACGAGCCUGAGGACGAUGGUCUGGAUGACGACAUCAAAGAAAGCCAGCCAGUUGCGAAAAAAAGUGCUUUAGAAAAGUACAUGGAGUUGCUCCACUUGAACUUCAAUCCAAUGGGACCAGUAUCGUCCUCCAAGCACCCCAAGCAGAAGCUUUCUCGAAAAGAAAAGAAGUUCAUGAAGUUCAACGCCAAGGGCUCUGACUACUAUGAGUUUGUUCGGAACAAUAAGAAGGAGGUUGAGGACGAAGAAGACGGGCAACACGAGGACGAUACGCUCAACGACCUGGAUGAGGAGGAUGAGGGCCACGAGGACCGUCCCACCUUCAAAAUCCCACCCAAAGCUUCAGCAGUGGAAUCGGCCAUCAACACAGUGUUGUGUCCCAUUCCUUCCAUGGAGUACGUGUUUGAUCCUGAACACAGGGAUACCGUAAUUUUCCACGACAAAUACUACCACUUCAAGGAUCUUCCCAAGGAAGAGGACAGGAAGUCCUCACAAAUCAAGUCGUUUUUCUUCAACUACAGCGACUGGAAGUUGAAGAAGCAGGUCAAGAUCGCCCGCAAGUACCACACCAGCAAGCUCAACUGGCGGAAGGUGUUGGUCAACCUCCCCCCAGAUGCUCAUAACAACAUCGUGGUUCGUCGGAGAUUUGCUAAUGGAUACGGCUGGGGCGUGGUGGAUCACUUAUGUGAGAACUUAUUUAAUGGAGGAGAAUCCGAAGAUGACAAUGGCCAGGAUAUGAAGGCUAAAAUGUGA